AUGCCAAUACUUUCAAAUUUAUCUCAUCGUUUUCAUAUGUUAACAACCGAUGCAAAACCUGAUCCACCACGAAUACCGAUCGAAGGAUAUACUCACAAUUUAGAACCAAAUACAGUAAACUGUGAUGAAACGAAGACGGCCAAAUUCGAAUCUGUUCCAAUUACUAUAGAACCGCAAUUGGAAUUAAAGAACGUAGCGUCCCCCGAAAAAGACGACGCAGUACCUAUUACGAGCGCCAAGUCUUCUACCGAAAAACAAGAUCUGAAUGAUACGAAAGCUUCCCAAGAUGAUGCAAAAGAACGUAGAAAACCGAAUAUUAAAACGAGAACAAAAUCGAAACAACGCAAACAUUCACAAGGAACACAUGUAGUGAAUUACAAUAUAAUUAAUUCAAACGGUGUGAAAAUUGGCUCUAAAACUAGUUACAUUUGUAAUAUUAAUCAAUUUGCUAAGAAUAAUUCUGAUGCAUCAGAAGAAACAUGGACAAAAAAUAUUCGACAAAUGCCAGCAGAAGUAGAACGUUUACGUACUUGUACUGAUGAAAUUAAUUUAGAUGAUAUAUUUAUAAUUAAAACUUAUAUUGGACAUGGUUGGAAAGACGUUGCUAGAAAAUUGUUAUAUUCGGACGGUCAAAUUGAACAAUUCGAAGAAAAUUACAAAUUUAGGGGCAUAAGUGAAGUAAUUUAUCAAAUAUUUCUGGACUGGAAACAAGCUAAUACAAAAAAUGCAGAUAUUGGCAAUUUGAUAAACAUCUUAUGGAUUUGUAAAGAAUACGAUUGUGCAAUACGAUUAGUUUCUGCUCGCAGCCAGUCGACAUAA